UGAUGAUAGUGGACUAAUGUAUCAAUCAAUUAAAUUGAAUUUUGUAAUUGAAGUUUUUACUUUGACAGUAUUGAAGGAGAUUUUAUAUACUUUUCUGUAUAUUUCAAUUAAUCUACCACGUGCAAUUAAUCACAAUAUUUAUUAUAAAAGUAAUAACGUCUAAUACAAGACUUAUUUAAUGUGCUAACAGAAUUCUUUAAUUUUAUAUGUUUCCAAAAAGUGUAAGAAAAUAAAGUUUAACCAGAUUGAAGUUAAACUCUUUCAGGCACAUUUUAGAAUGUAAUGUCACUGAAAUGUUAUAUUGUGAUACCUAAAUUUUUUUGCCUGGGCAGUUGAGGAAUUUUGCCCCAUAUAAGGCUUUAAUUUAACAAAGAAAAAAAAUUUUUAUCAAAAACUUUCUGAGAUAUGAGCCAUUGAAGAGACGCUUUCGGAAAUAACAUUAAUUUCGGUGACCAGCAUUCCGCAAGAAUACUAAUUAUAAUUGGUGAAUAAAGACUUGGAAAUAUAUUUCAAUUUUAAUGGCUGUUAAGGAAUGGAUUGUUCGAUUGAAGCCAGUGCAGCUAUACAUAAUUAUGUUUACUACUUCAAUAUUCUUUAUUGUGGAAAUGACAGCUAGCUAUAUAACGCAUUCUCUAACUCUUCUACUACAUUCAUAUUAUAUGCUCUGUAAUAUAAUUGCUUUUAUUGGUUACAUAGCAUCAUCAAAGCAAUCAUCGCCCGAUAGACAAAUAAGAAGUACUUUUGGCUGGGCAAGAAUUGACAUUGUAAUAAUGUUAGUAUGCUGUGUUCUUGUUGCUUCAUUCUGUUUCUCUAUAAUAAUUGAAGCAGUUCAAAAAUUAAUCCACAUUGAUCACUUAGAUGCAAUGCAUCAUCCAAUUCCAAUAAUGAUCAUAGGUUUCGUUGGGAUUAUACUACAUAUACUUUAUUACAUUUUUAUUGGUGAAUAUUCGUUUAAUCAAGGAAUAUAUUUACAAUUUUCAAAAGCUGGUUUGAUUUUACCCAGAAGCUUAAAAGUCCAACCAAUAAAUGCUGCUAGUAAUCUGCCAAAAUGUAAUUCACUCAUUUUAACUAAAAGUAAGGGUAUGCAAGAAAUGUGCAGAGAUUUUUUAUGCUGCAUUUUCGUUAUUGUGGAUUCCUUAAUUGUAUAUAUUUUUAAUUCUUCUUAUAGUGCUCGAUUUAUAGAUCCACUAUUUGCUAUCUUCUCAUCUAUUUCACUAUUCACGUUCAGUUAUUCCUAUAUGAAGGAAUCAGGACUUAUUCUACUGCAAACUAUACCGAAUCAUAUCAACAUUCAAUCGCUUAAAAGAGAGGCCUUAGAAGCUUUUCCUGGUGUCGUAAAUAUUCAUGAUUUACACGUUUGGCAACUAAAAAAUGAACAUGUUAUAUCCACUGUCCACAUAAUUUUUUUAGAUUCAACAGUAUACAGAAAUAUCACAGACGAAGUAAUUUCAUUCUUUGCUGAAAUGGGUGUUACUCAAGUAACAGUGCAGCCAGAAUUUCAUAAGAAAAUAUCAACUUUAAAAAAAUUAGACUGUCUAAUUAACUGCAAACACGAUAGCUGUAAAUCUUCUCAAUGCUGUGCAAAGAAGGAAACUGAAGAUUUGAAUAACUGUAACACUUAUUAGUUUUAAUGUAAGUGAGGUGUUUAAUUUUGAAAAAUUUUGUUGUAUAAGCUUUGUUAAUUGCAAUUUAAAUUUACCUUUUAAAAAUUAGAGAAAUUGAUAUAAAUAACUUGUAUGAGGUAUUCCCUAAAAAAAGACAUCAAAAAUAAAAAUUUAUCGCAUUGAACUGAAAUUGUAUGUAUUAAAAAUUGAAAAUUUGGAUUCCCUGUCAAAUUCCCGAAUCCAAAAACCCGAAAGCCAAAUUACCAAAAACUAAAUUUCCCGAAGACCUUUUUCCCGAAGAGCUAAUUUUCUGAAAAAAAUAAUCUCGAAUGUCUAAUUUUCCGAAAAGUUUUUAAAAUCUCCCGAAAAAAUUAUUCGAAUCGACCCAUCGAGUAAAAACAACGUUUUCACCAAGUUCCUCAGAAACUUCUUCCUGUUUUUGAUUAUUUCGGCGAGAACUAGGGGUCAUUCACAAACUGCGUCACGCUUUUUCGGACUGAUUUUUACCCCCUCCCCCCUUCGUCACAUUUUUUACAUACAAAAAAAAAUUUUCCGCACUUCGUCACACACAGCUCGACACCCCCACCCCUAAAAGCGUGACGUCGCUUGUGAACGACCCCCUAUAUAAAUGGAAGACCAGGUCGAGGUCGUGGAAGGGCAGUUCUUCCUCGAUACUCAAUUAACAUUUGAAACCGACACACAGCUGCUGUCAAAGGUGCUCAUUGAACAAUUAACAACAGUGAAGGAUGGCACAACAGAUUUGCGGUAUUGCUGGGGAAACACCACCCUUACUUGUACUACCUUCUCAAGGAGUUCCAGAAAAAGCAGACAGAUACCGAAAUAUGUAUCGUGAAACUGAGCUUGGGAAGGUCGAUAAAAGCAAACCCAAAGAAGAAGUGUUUGACUUCCCAGACACGACUGCGAGGGAUUCUUCAACAAUAUAAAGAACACCGCAAUGAUUAUCAAAAACUGAAUAUUUAAAAAAAAUUUCUUAUUUUAUUUUUUUUUGAAUUUUUUUUAUUAUAUAUUUUAUAUUUAUUUUAUUUGUUGAUUUUUACACAAUUAAAUACUCUUUUUAAUAAAAAAAUAAAUAAAUAAUUAUGAUUUUUAAUAGAUUAAAAAAAAAUUUCGGGUUUAAAGACCUGGAAAGUUUAGAAAAUUUAGUUUUCGAGAAUUUGGCUUUCGGGUUUUUGAAUUCGGGAAUUUGACCGGAUACCGAAAAUUUGUUAAAAUGAGCGAUCACUCCGAGUCAAAGCUUUUCUUUCAGUUUCAUAUUUUUAAGAAAAAUCAGUUGGGAAUUCAAUUAUUGUUAAAUAACAUUCUAUUACACCGCAAUUAGUUUCUAUUUUAAAUAAUCUCUAGGAUCGUUAUCUGGCACAUUGAGAAGUUGACAGUGUGAACUAAGAAAAUUGAUAAUAAAAAUUUUGUCUUCUUUUUUAAAUUUAAAACUCUGUAGAAAAUAAAUUAAAAAUUUAAUAAUUAUAAACGUAAAUGUUUGGAGACCACUAAAUGUAUUAAAUAUAAAAAAUUAUGUCAGUGCCUGUAAGAUAAAAAAACAUUUACAAAUGUUUUUUAAUUUAUGAACAUCCAGUACACAUGACUAACAGCUGUUACUGAUUUUCUAUCUAAUCAUUCCGAUUUUUCUUGUUAAGUCUAGUAUGAAAUAAAAAAUUAAACAGAA